AUGCAGUUAUCACAAGUGUCAAGACUGAAGCAUGAGCAUUUUGUGGAGUUGUUUGGCUAUUGCUUAGAGGCAAACAACAGGAUUUUGGUGUAUCAGUUUGCAACAUUGGGUUCUUUACAUGACAUAUUACAUGGUAGGAAAGGAGUACAAGGGGCUGAACCUGGCCCAGCUCUAAGUUGGAACCAGAGAGUUAAAAUAGCCUAUGGAGCAGCCAAAGGCCUAGAGUUCCUGCAUGAAAAGGUGCAGCCACCUAUUGUUCAUCGCGAUGUCAGAUCCAGCAAUGUCCUACUAUUUGAUGACUAUUUUGCUAAGAUCGCAGAUUUCAAUCUCACCAAUCAGUCAUCUGAUACUGCAGCUAGAUUACAUUCAACUAGAGUCUUGGGAACAUUUGGCUACCAUGCCCCAGAGUACGCCAUGACAGGGCAGAUAACUCAAAAGAGUGAUGUUUACAGUUUCGGAGUUGUUCUUCUAGAACUACUAACCGGUCGAAAGCCGGUAGACCACACCAUGCCUAAGGGACAACAGAGUCUUGUUACUUGGGCAACUCCAAGGUUGAGCGAAGAUAAAGUCAAGCAAUGUGUUGAUCCAAAGCUAAAUAACGACUACCCACCAAAGGCAAUUGCUAAGUUAGCAGCAGUAGCAGCACUCUGUGUUCAAUACGAGGCUGAUUUCAGGCCCAAUAUGACGAUUGUUGUGAAGGCCCUACAACCUCUUCUCAACUCAAAACCAGCAGGCCCAGACUCUCAAGCCUAGAACAACUCUUUUCUCUACUGCUACUACUCAUCUCACCAGCCUUUCUUUGUAGUGUAAUUUGUAACCUUUUCUUCUUUUCCAUUCUUUGUAUUCCUGUCUCCUAAGCUUAUUUCCAAAAUUCUCAUAAGUAAGUUUUCUAGAAGGGUCUAGCAGAUGACAAUGGUUUAGCAAAAGAUGACAAUGGUCUAGCAGAUGGUUUGGCAAAAGAUGCUAGGAUCUCUAGCAAAAUUUGCAAUUUUCUCCAAGGGAAGGGUACCUCUCUUGUGGUCCCCAUCUUUUGUUGUUAGUUUAUGAAUAUGAA